GGAGAGGAGGAGGGAAAGGAGGAGGAGGUAGAUAGAUGGCUCAGCGCUGAAUGGGAAUGCCCAGUAAAUGCAGCUGUCGAUAAUAGCACACAUCAGCGGCAGCGCUGAGAUCAGGAGCACAAGCUCAGUACAGAGGAGAGGAGAAGGCAGGGAAGGAGGGGAGAAAAGAGAAGUGCACCAGCACAGGGCUGAGGCUCUGAGAGACAGAAAGAAAGAUUGUGCCGGCUCAGCAGAGCUCAGAGAAGAAGAGUGCGAGGAGGAGGUGAGGAAGUUGUGGGAACUCUGACACGCACUGGCUGGACACAGGUUGGCUUCUGGGCUUCAUAACGAGUGAUGAGCGAGUGAGUGUGAACCCGCACUGUUCCUGUGGCAUCUCUUUCCGUUAGACUUUCGUUCCUGAUUGGUGUGUGUGACAGACACUCUUUUGGGAGACACUUUUAGGAGCUUCUUGUCUGGCUACUCUGAGAGACAUGGUAGAGUAUGAUCUAGCUAGCAGAGCUUCAGCCCCAGAGCAUGGAGAAGUCAAGUAGUGAGGAGUCCGCUAUCCACCGCAGCCCGUCUGUGGACAGUUGCGACUCUGACUUUGCCCGCGCGUCCAGCUCAGGUCGUCCGUUUGGGGGACGAGGCUUCACCGCUGGAGCUUUCUACGGCUCCACGGGGCGCAAAGAGAGCGCCGCCGACAACAAGGACAGCAACAAACAGAGCACUUCCAAAAGCAGCAAAUACGUGGUCUUUUACCUGGAUCUAUCCUUUGUGUUCCUUUUAGAAUUCAAGAAGUGCAACAUGGCUAGCGGUUUCCUGUGCUGCUUGAAAUAUAUGAUGUUCCUCUUCAACCUCAUCUUCUGGUUGUGCGGCUGUGGAUUGCUGGGUGUAGGGAUCUGGUUGGCAGUGUCUCAGGGCAGCUUUGCCACUUUCUCGCCCUCCUUCCCCUCCCUCUCCGCUGCCAACCUUGUGAUCGCUAUAGGCGCCAUCGUCAUGGUGACCGGCUUCCUUGGUUGCCUGGGUGCCAUCAAGGAAAACAAGUGCCUGCUCCUGAGUUUCUUCAUUGUCUUGCUGAUUAUUUUGCUGGCCGAGCUGAUUUUGCUCAUCCUUUUCUUCACAUUCUCCAGUAAGGUCAGUGAGAAUGCCAAGCAGGAUCUGAAAGACGGCUUGUCUCUGUACUACUCAGAAAACAACGUUGGUCUGAAGAAUGCCUGGAAUAUCAUUCAAGCUGAGUGGAAGUGCUGCGGUGUGACUGGGUUUACAGACUGGCAUGAGGCUCUGAAAGAGAAGGUGGUACCUGACCGCUGCUGCCAGGAGCACUAUCAGGACUGCGGCCGCAACGUCACCAAUGAGUUCUGGAAGCGGGGUUGCUUUGAGAAGGUGGAGGAGUGGCUGGAUGAUAACAAGCACCUGCUUGGCACUAUUGCCAUGUGUAUCUUGGUUGUCCAGCUCCUGGGGAUGGCCUUUUCCAUGACGUUGUUUCAUCAGAUCCACAGAACAGGGAAGAAGUACAAUGCCUAGCCAGGCUCCAGUACAGAGGCUUAUGGGACUGAUUGUGGAAGAAAAGCUCCUUUACAUCACCUACAUCUCCUAAUGUUAUCUCCUGCUCUCCCCAGACUUCCCUGUACAAACAUCAGCCAUGCGUCCCUUUUCUUCUUCUUUCUCUUCUCUCUCGUGACAUCACUCAUCUGCCAAAGAGAAAGAGAGACAGAGAGGAAGGAGGAGUUCAAAUUCUUUGGCUAAGAAGCCCCGUACUGGCUGUUUCCCUUUCCCUACUCCUUUCGAGCCUUUUUUUGUAUGCUUGGACUAACUAACAAUUGCAGGAAGGAGAAUAUCAUGACAACAAUAAACUGCAUUGCUCUACUAAUGUAUAACUUCCAUCCUGCACGGAAAGGAGAAGAUAUAGAAGACUAACCGUGCCAUCCUUUGGGUGGUGUGCUUUUUAAAUGUUAUUCACAUUGUUCAAAUUCCCUCGACAGUGAUAAUGACAAAAGGUUCCAUCCUGGCCUCUGUAGUUUUCUGCUAGGUGGAAACCGCUGUCAUUUCAAUGGACGAUUAUUUGUUUUGGGGUUUUUUGUGGGGUUUUUUUUCUCUUUUUGUACCCCAGUCCUUUAAUUCUCAUCUUUCUGCAUCAGAGGAGUAAAGUGUUCCCUGAGUUAGCUGAGUAGGACUGUGGGUUGCUGUGGAUGGUCAGAGAGGGGCUUGGUGUGUUCUAACUACUCAUAAGCACAGAUUUAUACUGAUUGAUUAGAAAAGGAUGCAAGUAAGUUGGAAAAAAAAGUGUGGAUUGCGUGUCACAUCGGGAUGUCAGGCAACUGUGGAUGUUUCUCCUUUUUCCCCAUGUUGAAAUACCCUGAUACAGUCACAAUGCCCUGUGUAAACUCACAUAGACUGCAAUCUGUUUAUUAAUAAUAUUUUCACGUUUUAGAGCCAGUGCUGUACAGUUUUUUCUAGUUGUAAUAAUUAGUCAAAAACCGCACAUAACAAGUGAAGAUUGAAGAUUCAUCUUUCGCAUCGUAAACUCCACACACAUACAUGAAAAGCGUGCAAAGAGGCAUGUUAACUGAUGCUAAGAAAGAAGCCUUCCUGCAUUAUUGAUCAUUAGAGGACAAGGAUCAUGCAUUCUUUCUGUUUCUGUAUACCUGAGCUCUUCAUCCAUUGUUUUCCCUCAUUCUCAUUAUCUAUUAAUUUUUUUUCUAGCAAGGCUAGGAUGUGCCACAGAGGUAAAAGUAGUUUCUAUUUCAACUGACAUUCCUGUUAGAUGAGCUGGUUUUGUAUUCAUACCUUUAGUUCAGAUACAGCUCUAGUGACUAAAUCUGUUCUGUCAUCUCUACCUGCUUCUCCUUAGAGGAGAGUAAAAGAUCAAAGACAGUGCUUUUAGCUUAAGGUUUUGUAGGGUUUAAUUUCUGUCCAGUAGAGCAUCAAUUAUUUUGUCCAGACUGCAAUUGUUUUCUGACAUUCUGUCAAGAAAAGGGUCAUCAGCCAUCUCUUAUCCAGCCCAGGACUCAGAUAGCAUGGCCUUCUCCUAAAGUGUUCAAACUUCGUGCAGGUUGUGCUGAUUAAAAAAAAACAAAACAAACAAACAACAAAAAAAAAAAACACCACUCAUUUAAUCGGGCAUCAACUGAGCACAGAACUGCUGUUUACUGUAGUUUGGGAAAAUUGGUUUUAUACAAUCAGGGACCAGAGGUGGUCAGCAGUUCAGAUUUUCAUCCUAGAUAUGCAGAAGAAUGGACAAAAUUUGUAUUCUGCUUAGGAUGUAUAUAGAACCGCUGUCACUAUGCAUUGCUGCUAUGUGAGAUGUUGUUUGAGGUUCUUAAGAGGAUAAGGACGUGAGGAGAAAGAUUAACUAUUGCUAAGAAACAGUGUAGACUCUAACACAAUAACACCUGCUUGCUAAAACCAGGUGGAUAUCGGGGCUGACUGGGAUUGGCAUGGAGCUGAAAUCACUGCAGACUUAAAGCUGCACUAACAGAAGCAAACGGUAACACGGAGCUGUGUGUCACAAGGUUCCUUUAGCCUCAAGUCACAGUUUUAUAAGAAACAUUAGUUACUUGGAAUUUGUGUGUUUUUAUGCUUCAUAAUAAAAACUGAACUGUUAA